CAUCUGACUGUUGAAUCACUACUUCACCAUGAUGUGCGUUAUUGUUGCUUCAGUUGUUCUCUUCGCAGCUUCUUCAUUAGCCUUGCCCGGUAGUCAUCAGCGCCAAUUCUCGAUUGAAAACAUUCCAACUGUUCUGACAAACAAUGGCCUCACGACAUUGGUCGAUUCGGUUGUCAAAGCUGGCUUAGCAGAGGCUCUUUCUGGAGCAGGGCCGUUCACAGUAUUCGCACCGACUAAUGACGCUUUCGGUGCUGUCGAUCCGUCAACUCUUAAUUCCAUUUUGAAUGACGUUGUUCUCCUCAAGAAUGUUUUGACCUACCACGUCGUUGCGUCAGCUCUAGUCUCUUCUUCUAUCGAAAAUGAAUUAACUCCGCGCUCAUUAGCGGGCGAAAAUCUCCGCAUCAACGUUUAUGGUUCAGGAAAUGAGGCGAAGGUAACAAUUAAUGGAGCGCUGAGAUUGAAAACCUUGGAAGCAAGUAACGGUAUUAUUUACGUAAUCGAUAAAGUAUUGGUACCAGAGCCGGAAAGCAAUAUAGUUAAAGUGUUGGAAAAGAAAGGAAUUUUCUCUACAUUGCUGACGGCCUUAAAAAUUACUGAUUUGACUUCGACAGUUGAAAGUGCUGGGCCUUUUACACUAUUCGCUCCGACCGAUGAUGCUUUUAAAGCCCUUCCACCUGGUGCUCUUGACUCAUUAAUUGCCAACCCGGAAGAACUGAAAAAAAUUUUACUGACACAUGUUGUUUCUGGCACUGUCUACAGCCGAGGACUGGCUUCCGGUGCUGUACCGGUUGUAGCCGGUGGUAACGUUGAUGCUGUUGUGGCUCGUAAUGGAGUCACUAUUGGGAAUGCUGAAGUUAUUGACGCUGAUAUUUUUGCUUCUAAUGGAGUCAUUCACGUCAUGAAUUCUGUAAUCCUUCGUUCAGCUGAUGAGGCAAAAAAAUCGGCAGCCAUUCAGCCGAUCCCAACAGAUGUUAAUAUCCCUUCUGUUUUGACGGAGAACGGCCUAACUACAUUGGUGGACUUAGUCGUUAAAGCUGACCUCGCAAAUGCACUUUCCGGAGCAGGCCCGUUUACUGUCUUUGCUCCGACAAAUGAUGCUUUCAACUCCGUCGAAUCCGCCACUCUGAAUGCCCUUUUGCAAGACGUUGAUCUUCUUAAACGUGUUUUGACUUACCACGUUGUUGGUUCAGCUCUACCGCCUGCCUCUAUCCAAAAUGAAUUGGUCACUAAAUCUUUGGCCGGUGAAAGCCUCCGUGUCAAUACUUACAACAACGGCAAGGUGGUAACUAUCAACGGAGCUCUUAAAUUGAAGGCUCUGGAAGCUUCUAACGGCAUCAUUUACGUAAUCGACAAAGUUCUGGUACCGGAUAACGAUAAAAGUAUCGUCAAAGUACUAGCAUCCAAAGGGAAAUUCACAACACUGAUCACUGCCUUCAACGUUGCUGGGUUGAAAACCCAUCUUGACACUGCCGGUCCUUUUACACUCUUCGCGCCAACAGACGAUGCUUUUGCAGCUCUACCGGAGGGAGCAUUAGAUUCUCUGAUUGCAAACCCAAGAGAGUUAAAAAAGAUUUUGCUUAGUCAUGUAAUCCCUAGCUCGUUUUUCAGCAGGGGUAUUUCUAGUGGACAGCUCAAUCUCGCUAGGGGGGGAAGUGUUGGAGUAACAGUAAACGAAAAUGGAGUGAAAAUUGCCGAUGCUGAUGUAAUUGAAGCUGAUAUUGCUGCAUCAAAUGGUGUAAUUCAUGUAAUUAAUCGUGUGCUUUGAGCUCUCACAUCUAACAUUUUUUGGCCGUGUUAUAUUCUUCGUUCUAGUUUUAUUCCACCUUUAGAUAUAGGAAUUUGUUCAUGAAUGUAAGAAGAAGGUUGGAGAGAAAAAAAAAAAAAAAAUACAUAAAAAACAACCUUAAAA